CCGCUACUCUGUAAUUAAAUAUGACACGAAUUCAUUAAUAACGAUACUAUAACAUAAACAAUCGCGUCUGUGAAGUUCGUUACAGCGGUUUUAUUGGUAAGUGAGAGCGUUUUAUAAGGCCGCAUUAAUCGUGAUGCGGUUCUAUUUGAGGUUGUGCGGUAAGUCGCGGGUCACACAAUGACAGCAGUCCUCAAGCACAACAAACCGCAGAUGUCACAGUAUUAUUAUUAUUUUCAGUAGAUUCGCAGCGUCUCGUCUGAAGCGCUUUCUGUAGUGCAACUUGUGUUUGUAUUCGAGUCCGGUUGUAGUGAUGUCAGCGGCGGCGCGUGUCGCAGCGCCGGUGAUGAUGCUGUCGCGGUUCCGCGGCGCGCUGGUCGGCUCGGUACUCGGCGACUGUAUCGGAGGAGAGUUUGAAGGCGCUGUAGAUGUGCCUCUGGAUCGAGUCCUGCAGCAUCUCUGCGCUCUGGAGGACGACACACGGGGCGACGGAAUUCUUCAGUACAGCGAUGACACCGCCAUGAUGCGAUGCGUUGCAGACUCGCUCCUCACCAGGAUGACAUUCGAUGAACGAGACAUGGCUCAAAGAUUUGCAAAGGAGUAUAGUCACUCUCCAGGGCGAGGUUACGGCUCAGGGGUCGUUCAGGUUCUGAGGAAGCUUGCGUCGCCUCAUCUGAAGGAUGUCUUCCAGCCUGCACAGGCUCAGUUUGGCGGCCGCGGAUCUUUCGGGAAUGGAGGAGCCAUGAGAGCAGUGCCCUUCGCUCUGGCCUUCAGACAUCGCACUGAUGUCCGCAAGUACUCACGGUUUGGCGCUAUGCUAACACACUCAUGCUCUUUGGGCUACAAUGGGGCAGCGCUGCAGGCCCUUGCUGUCCAUCUGUCGCUCCAGGGUGCUUUGGCUCUGCCUAAAGAUUUCAUCGACAAACUGAUCUCAGAAAUGGAAGAGCUGGAAAAAGAUGAAACAGCCAAGCAUGAUGCUAAAGCGCUAAAUUUAUCAGAGUUCCCAUAUUGCUCACGUUUACACAGAGUGAAGGAACUCAUGGACAAAACCAGCGUGAGCAUCGAGGAGGUCAUAUCUGAACUGGGGAACGGCAUUGCUGCAUUACAGUCUGUGCCCACUGCCAUCUUCUGUGUGCUGUAUUGUUUGGAGCCCCAGGACGGCCUGCCGGAGCGAUUCGGAGGACUGGAGAGGACGAUAGCCUACAGCUUGGCUCUGGGUGGCGACACCGACACCAUCGCUUGCAUGGCAGGGGCGAUCGCAGGGGCACAUUACGGCAUCGACUCCAUUCCCCUGAGCUGGCAGGUCAGCUGUGAAGGGGUGGACGAGGCUGAUGAUUUAGCAAGGCGUCUGUAUGAUCUCUACUGCCUUCCACAGCACAAUGAGGACAGGGGGAACAAUCAGCCGCACACCACAAAAACUGACUGAGCCGCUACAGUGCCACAUGCAUUAGAAAAACUUUACCUGGCACAUCGUGUCCAAAUCACCAUCAUCUGUGUUUAUAACAUUGUGAAUCUUCUCGUGCAAAACUGUUUACAAUAAAAAGAACAGAACGGUACCCUUUCAUUGGUAAAUUA